GCUGAGGAAGGAGGGGGAACAGCAGGAUAGGAGAGAGAACCUCACCAGACUAAGGUGAGACCCCCUUACCUGCUGAGUGCAGUCCUCUCUCGCCUCCCCACCCAUCACCUGCAUCUCACCUGAGCUCCUCCUGAGUCUCCAUGUCAACCUUCAUCUUAGGUAGCCUUCUGGAUCGAGAGUCAAUGUAUGGCUGAUGACUGCAAUUCAUCCCGCAGAAUUGAUGGUGGAAGAUUCUGUGAUUUCUUUCAUUCUGGAUCUGGUGAUGUACUUCAUUAACAGCCCUAUUUGAUUUCACUGUGGUAAAAAAGCCUCAAAACUUGACUCUGCUCCAUUUUGUGCCAACCUCAACAAGAAUGUUUACUCUGAUGUUGUGAAGUGCUGCUGAGAUACGUCCAAUUGUUUUGGUAUCAGACUGUCCCCUUUAUACCAGUGGAUUGACACUUAAGACUCUGGACUCCUCUAAGAGCUUUUGGAUAAUGUUUGGCCCUGGGCAGUUGGUCUCCACUCUUCUACCUGCGGUCUUCCACUCCUCCGCAGCUCACUUCUUCCCUGCGUUCCCCACCAGACUGGGCUCCCCUCCACAGAUCCUGAUCCCUGGGCCACUGAUCAGCUAUGAGUCCCUGCGGAGUUACUUGCAACCAGAGCCCUGCAAAGAGGCUCUGUUCCUGGCCACACAGGCAGCUGGGAUGGGGCAGUUCACGGCCAGCAUGGAUGAACAGAGGCCAGUGAAGCAGCGUCGUGCGCGGGCCAACUACAGCAGCUGGCAGCUGGAGGAGCUGGAGAAGACCUUUGAGACCACCCACUACCCUGACGUCUUCAUGAGGGAAGCCCUGGCCCUCAGACUGGACCUCAUCGAGGCCAGAGUGCAGGUGUGGUUUCAGAACCGCCGAGCUAAGAUGCGGAGGCAGCUGAAGUUGCAGGGUCAGCUAGGAGAGCCAUUUCCCAGGAAGAACAAAGCUGAGGACACAACAACAGACAAACCCAACAAGAGCUUACCGGAGCUAGAGAGCUCUGAAGGUGAGCACUGGGAGAGGAGGCAGGAGAAAGGAAGCUAUCCCUGGACUAAAGUACCUCGUUCUGCUGUGGUGACCACCCCCAUACAGGGUUUGAUUCAGGGGCCAGCAGGGGAAUGGGAGGGGAUGGAGGGGCCCAGUCCAGAAGAGUUCCGCUGCUGUAGCAUUGCCAAGCUAAGGGCCAAGGCCAGGGAGCACGAGGCUGAGAUCCACAGCACUGUGGCCAGGUCAGGAGGAGAGACAUCAGCACUGCAGACACAAACACAGAACACUGACGACAGAGAGAGCAACUGAUAUGGCUCUUUCUCUCUGCAUGGCUUUGCAAACAGGUCCUUAAGACCUCAUUAUGGUUGAGGCAACUUGCCUAAGUACCCCAUCCUUGGUUUUAUUCAUUCUGUUAUUCAAUGAGGAUAUGAACUAACAUUUACAAAAGGUGCUGAUUUUUUGUUUAAUAUUAUAUGAAUGUAUUGUGUUUUGAAAUGCCAUUAUUUUUCUGUACUGGACAACUUUCUCUAUCAACAAUCACGCUAAACGUGUAUUUGAAAUGCUCAGACUAGGAAGAGGUGAAUGCUUUCCAAAAUAUAUAGUAUAUCCAUAGUAACAUCUUAUAAAUAUAUAGUAUAUCCAUAGUAACAUCUUAUAAAUACAUAGUAACUCCACAGCAACUUCUUAUAAAUAUAUAGUAUAUCCACAGCAACAUCUUAUAAAUAUAUAGUAUAUCCAUAGUAACAUCUUAUACAUAUAUAGUAUAUCCAUAGUAACAUCUUAUAAAUAUAUAGUAUAUCCAUAGUAACAUCUUAUAAAUAUAUAGUAUAUCCAUAGUAACAUCUUAUAAAUACAUAGUAACUCCACAGCAACUUCUUAUAAAUAUAUAGUAUAUCCAUAGUAACAUCUUAUAAAUAUAUAGUAUAUCCAUAGUAACAUCUUAUACAU